GCAGCUCCGCGGACAGGAUGAGGAGGAUGAGGAUGGAUUAGUACCGAUGAAGAAUGAUGGUGUUUUUAUCAGAACAUCCACAUUCAGGACAGCAGGAGUGAUUUAUUCCUGUUUGAUGCGGGACUCGAGGACAAAAGUUGACCUGGAUGUUGCAGCGGCUCAAAUUCACGGAUCAGUUACUUGCAACUGCACCAGAAACAGUCCAUUAAAGCGAGCUUCUUCCAUUUAAAUCUAAAAGUCAAACUCAGAUAAAACCAAAUAAAUGUGAAUAUUCAUUUCUGUAAAAUAUGUUUGAAACUUUUUCAACGGACGGCGUUGUUUUCGAUGCCCCAAAAAGAAGUCAAAGGCUCUAGUGUGCUUUUAGUUAAAAUAUUCAUUUAUUUUAUUUUAUUAUUAUAAUUUUUUUUGCGCGCGCAGCUAUACAACAGUACUCAGCAAAAAGCAAUAUGCACCUAAAGCAUUUUAGAUAUGAAUAUAUAGGCUAUAUAUUCUUAGCUGGUUGACGCAAAUAAUUGAACGCAAUGAUGUUGUGAGAAAUGGCCCGUUUGAUGUCAAUUAUGAUUCGAGCGCAUGAACGUGUUCUUCAGUUCAUAAGAUGCACACACAACAGUCUGCCAAUGACGGAAAGUUGACGAACAUUACUUUUAUUUGCUUUGAUUUAUUUUAUUGUAUUAUUGAAGGAAGAAGACCGUUUGCAGAAGUGUUUCGACGCUCUUCCGUCCAGACGCGACGCCUGUUUGCAGCUCAUUCCUGUCGGACACUACCUAGUGUGUUAUUUUGAGGGUUCAUGUCGUGCUGGCCGCUCGUGUGGAUUGUGAUGGGCUGUAUUCAGAGUAUCAGGUGUAAACCCAAGAGUUUCCGGGACAGCAUCGUGGUUCUGGAGGUGAACUCGUCCAUUGACUCGAAUCCCACCAGCAUCGACGAGUCCUCCAGCGUGGUGCUGCGCUACCGCACGCCGCAUUUCCGCGCGUCGGCUCGGGUACUGGUGCCGCCGGUGGCCGCUAAAGAGAGCUGGACGAUCGGCUGGAUUCAGGCGUGCAAUCACAUGGAGUUCCACAACAAAUACGGAGCCACAGGGAUGUCGAGUUGGGAACUUCCGGAUCUCCGAGACGGAAAGAUCAAAGCCAUCAGCGACUCGGACGGCGUCAACUACCCAUGGUACGGCAACACCACUGAGACGUGCACCGUGGUGGGACCCACCAAGAAGGACACCAAUUUCACCGUCAGCAUGAACGACAACUUCUACCCAAGCGUGACAUGGGGCGUGCCCGUGAGCAACAGUAAUGUGCCCAUGCUGAGCAGCAUUUGGAGGGACCAGAGCUUCACCACGUGGCUGUUGGCCAUCAACCAGGCAUCGGGCGAGAUUCUGGUGCUGCAGACAGUGCGCUGGCGCAUGCGUUUGCACAUUGAGGUGGAUCCGGACAAACCGCUCGGCCAGAGGGCAAAACUACGCGAGCCGAUAGCCCAGGAGCAACCGCAGGUGCUCAGCAAGAAUGAACCCAUCCCAUCCAAUGCCAUGAUCAAACCCAAUGCCAACGACGCUCAGGUUCUGAUGUGGCGCCCCAGGACCGGUGACGCAGUGGUGGUCAUCCCGCCCAAACACUGAACUGCUUUUAUAAUGAGAUUAAGUGCAAAUAAACGCUUCCGUUCACACCAAGAGUCAUGAAUCUGAAACAAAGUGCAAAAAACCUGCGGACGGGCUCGGGAUCACUGUGCUAAACGUCAUUGCAAAAAGACAAAGGGAAUGAUAUGCUUUUUUGUGCUGUAUGGAAGUAUUGAUUAUAGCCAUGCGUGAAUUUUAAUCACGUGUCGUUAUGAUUGGUAGUAAAAAUGCUUAUUUUUGAUUUGAGUUAUUUGGUGUGCACUAGUAUACAUUUUAAUUCUUGAAAAAAUCCCAUUACUAGCUGAAAUUCCCCCCCAAGAAUUUCAACUAGUAGAAAACAUCAUUCCUGAUAUCUGUAAAUGCAUUUUCACUAGUAGAAUUUCACAAUGAUCUGUCAUUCACUCAUUGUGAAUGUGUUCAGAUAUCCAUAAUGCAGGACUACUGGUGAUUACAAUUCUUACUACACAUAUCUGUUAUGUAUUUUUAAAUUAGUAAAAAUAAUCAUGUUUUGAUACCUGUAAAAAUGAACUUUAAAAUUAUGAAUUCAGUAUUUCAGAUAUCUGGAAAUGCUAUAAAAUACUUUUUUUUACUAGUUAUAAUCACAUUUUAGAUUUCCAAAAUGAACAUUGCCAAUUGUGAAACCAAAUUACAGAUAUUUUUUCUAGCUGUAAUUCAAUUGUUGAGUUUAGAAAUGGACAUUUUCACUAGAACAAUGUAGUUAUUGAUGCUAGCAGAUGUUUGAAUUUUAACUACCGUACCAAGAAAUUAGAAAUCUCUAACUGUGUUUUGAACAGGCAUGAAGGACAGAUCCUUGUAAAUUUACAGUUACAGAUAUCAAAAAUGAUUUUUUACUCAUUAAUCAGGCAUGGGUAUUUCCACAAGUAAUGACGCCACUUUUGUAUCAAAAUGUAAAAUUUUUACUAGUGCAAAUCCAAUAAUUGCUUUAAAAAAUGAGCAUUUUCACUAGUAAUAAUUCCAAUCCUGAUAUCAAGAAUUAGCAUUUUAACUAGUAAAUUACAUUUGUAGAUACAUUUGACUAGUUGAAAUGCUUAUUCUUGAUAUCAGGAAUGGAAUAUUUACUAGUGAAAAUGCUCAUUGUACAUUUUACAAUUAUAGGUAAAUUACAGAUAUAUAUAAUUCAUAUCCUGCACAUGAUUAAAUGUCAGAAGUGCUGAAACGAGUGUCACUUUUUGACAUCAAACAUGCAGGACAUUGGAUUCACGCUGCCUUAAGUUUACAUUGCUUUCUACUGCAAACUUUUAGCCUUAAAUGAAGUGCAAUGCAGUAAACCUGUCAUGUCCCACCUGUUAGAACCACAGGUGUGUACCGAUUGAGAUUGUGGAUGUCCUCAUUUUACCUUAUUCUUCCUAAAUUGCUCAUGUUGAAGGGGACUUUGAUGACUAUCGAUAUAGGAUGACUGUGUACUGAAUGAAAGUGGCUUGAGUGUGAAUCGGUUUGUGGCAGCGGGGGCUCAGGUGCAAGCGUCCUUACCGCUUUCUCUCUCUCCGCUGCCACUCUGUUUUACUCAAACAUGAAGGAAUUAUAGAUAUUAUUAUGCACACAGUAUUUUAAACAGGAGCUUAUCUAAAGUGUUUUAGUUGCAGAUAUGUUUUUCCAGGACAGCUGACAAACAGGUACUGAUGAUCUUCCAAUGUAUUUUAAAAGGCUGGAGAGUCAAAAAUACAUAUUUUCUAAGAUGCAGAUAUUGAUUCAGGCAUCUUUAGUGUCAAGAACACAUAACCAAUUGAUGCAGUUAUUAAUAAGCUGACCGCUAAAGUUUGGCAAAAAAUGUUGACAGCAAUAUAUCGAAUAUUUAAAGGAAGUUCAACAGCUGAGGAAGUGUUAAAUGCAUGUCGCACGUCACCUCUGUGUUUCACUGGGAGCAACGUCAAGGUGAUCAAAUGAAUGCAUAUACAUGCUGAAACCGAACUACAAUCGAACUACAAGCUCUGUUAGUCCGACUUGUAUGAUUCCAGUUGGACAAAAGCGUUGACAUGACAAAUUAUUGUUGUGGUCAGACUGAAAUUGAACUUUUAUAGUGCAUGUAAAAACACUGAAUGUGGUCUCAGACUUUUGGGCUUUACUGUAUAUGGGGGUCUGAAGCACUCAAGGGCUUUAUUAAGUGUCAUUCAUUGAUCUGCUCAACAAAAAAGCACAGUAAAACUUUCAUAGAAUUAGUCCAUAUGACUUGUGCACUAUAAUCCAAUAUCUUCUGAAGUCAUACCAAAGUUUUGUGUGAUGAACAGGCCAUAAUAAAAGUCAACAGAAAAUCCUCCCCUGCAUAAACUGUCAAAUCUCAUUUGCAUUUCAGUGCUGUAGCUCACACAAAGCUUUCAUAUGACUUUAGAAGACUUGGAUAAUGGACUGCCUUAAAUGAUGAUGGAAUUUUCAGUAAGUUAGAUGUGAUAAUUUGUAAUGUGUACUGCCCUGCAAAAGCAAAAUGCAGUAACUGCACAUUUGUCAAAAUUGAGCUACACGUGAAAUGGGCUCUCUUAGACUAUGAUCUGUCCUGUGACUGACAGGUUUGAUACAGCUGUACGACGAUUCAGAGAAAACAGUGAUUACUUUACAAUCAGCAUUUAGUGAGUGCACUGGUCUGUAAUCCAGCGCUGAUGUGAUUCACUGUGAGAUGAGUUCUAUAUACAGCAUCUGCUGUUCAUGUGGAUUAGAUGUAUAGAUGUGAUGGGAAAUGCAGAGCAGCACAAUUCAGUGUCGGUACAAUCACACACAGCCAUGAGGACUGAAGCUGUUUAAACCUGAUGAAUAUUAUAUCCAGGUCUGUAAAGUUGCAGUUAAACUCUGCAGUUAAAAAUUGAGCAAUAUUGUUAUCCACAUUUGCCAAAAAUGCUUUAUGUUCAUAUGCACAAUCUAAACAUCUCUCUGAUUGACAGAAUGAGAGCAGUGUUAUUGAUCUGAGAUCUGUUAUGAUCAAUCCACAGAUCACAUGUGAAGAGGAUGAUUUUACUGUUCUGAGAGAUUCUUGUGUAACUUGAAAAGUUUUCAUCAUGAGAGUGUGCUGGUUCAGAAAUGAUCAUAUGUGUUUUGUGAAUUCACAGGUAAUUUGUCUUUUGAUGUGAGGUUUGCAGGUAUGUGUGUGUGUGUGUGUGUGUGUGUGUGUGUGUGUGUGUGUGUGUGUGUUUGGCCUGUAAUGAGUCUUUCAUCAUUAGGGCUUUAAACAGCUUGACAAAUGAGACAAAUCGUUCACUGUAGUGAAUAACCAAAUGUCAUAUUUCAGCUUAGUAUUUUUUAUCCAUAAUCAAAAUAAAAGACAUUCAUUGUUAUACAUUCUUGAAUGUCAAUAUAUUUAUGUAAAGACAGCAAAUUAAAAUGUAAAACCGGCCUAAAACAUCCUGUUUCAAUGGCAUUGAUGCACUGAAAUUGUUUUGCUACUAUCUGACUUGAAUUAUUUGUUCCAGUAUUCAACCAUUUAUGGAUGGGACACUUCCUGUUUUCAUUACAGUUUUGUACAUGUCUGCACUAUAAAUCCCCUUUUGCUUGAAUGAAAAUCAAAUAUAAAUCUUCAAAUAAUUAAUAAUACAGUGGUGGCCGAAAAUAUUGGCACCAUUGUUAUAUAUGAGCAAAGAAGGCUGUGAAAAAAAUCUGCAUUGUUUAUUAAAAAAAUUCACAAAAAUCGAACCUUUAAUUGAAGAAAAACAAUUGAAAGAGGGAAAAUAUCUAAUUAUAAAAUAAAUACUUUUCAACAAAACAUGUUUUGUUUCACAGGGGUAUAAAUAUGAGGUAACACAAUCCAUAUUCCCUUAAUCCUCCAUCACAGUGGGUUACACUAAAGAAUAUAGUUCUGAUGUGCAGCAAAAUGUUGUUGUGCUUCACAAAAUGGGAAGUGGUUAUAAGAAAAUAACCAAAGCAUUGAAUAUGCCCAUUUCCACCAUAAGGGCAAUAAUGAACAAGUUCCAAUCACCUGGACAUCUUAAGAAUUGUCCUGGAAAAUGGUGCGUGCCUAUAUUGUCUCCACGCACGGUGAGGAGGAUGGCUCAAGUGGCCAAAGAAUCUUCAAGGAUCACAGCUGGAGAACUGCAGAAAUUAGUUGGGUCUUGGGGUCAGAAAGUCUCCAAAACUACAAUCAGAUGUCACCUAUAUCACCACAAGUUGUUUAGGAGGGUUUCAAGAAAAAUAGCCUCUGCUCUCAUCCAACAACAAAAUCAAGCACCUUCAGUUUGUCAGACACUACUGGAACUUCAAAUGGGACCGGGUUCUAUGGUCAGACAAAAGAAAGUGCUUUUUGGCAGCAAACACCAGACAUGGGUCUGGUGCACACAGAGAUGAAGAAGUACCCAAUGCCCACGGUUAAAUGUGGUGCUGGAUCUUUAAUGUUGUGGGGCUGUUUUUCUGCCAGAGGUCCAGGACAUCUUGUUCGGAUACAUGGCAUCAUGGACUCAAAUACCAACAGAUAAAAAAAUUAAAACCUGACUGCCUCUGCCAGAAAGCUUAAAAUGGGCCCUGGUUGGAUCUUCCAGCAGGACAAUGAUCCAAAACAAACAUCAGAAUCAACACAAAAAUGGUUCACUGACCACAAUAUAAAGGUUCUGCCAUGGCCAUCCUAGUUCCCUUACCUGAACCCCAUAGAACACCUGUGGGGUGAACUGAAGAGGAGAGUCCACAACAUGGACGUCUGAAUUUGAAGGAUCUGGAGAGAUUCUGUAUGGAGGAAUGAUCUCAGAUCACUUGCCAGGUGUUCUCCAACCUCAUUUGGCAUUAUAAAUAAUAGAAAAAUAUUGAUUUAAUAAUGAGAUAUUUCCUGUUUCAAUUGUUCUACUUCAAUUAAAAGUUUGUUUUUUGUGAUUUUUCAAAUAAAAAUCAAAAGGAUAAACAAUGCAGAUUUUUUUUCACAGCCUUCUUGCUCAUAUUUAUCAAGGGUGCCAAUAUUUUAGGCCACCACUGUAUAAAUAAUAUUAUCAUCAGUGUACCUUCAGUGUGUGUGUGUGAUUCAGCUUCAGAUGCUGAGAUGAUUCAGAUCAUGUUAUGUUCUUUUAUUUUGAUCUCAUCAAGAUUUCUCUUUUCAGGACUGACUGUGUGUUCGGUUGUUUUCUAUAGUUUGUCCUUGAAAAUAAUACUUGACAAAUAUGACUGGGACAUAUUUCAAACUGGGAACAUGCACAUUGUGAAUAAAGAUUUAUUUCCAUUAAGAAUAAAA